GUCCUCCUUUCAAGUUUAUUUGAUAAAUUUGGUCUUCUUCUUCUUUGAGAAGCAGCAAAGCAACCCCAAAACAUUGGUGAACCUCCACCAUGUUUGACUGUAGGGACCGUGUUCUUUUCUGUGAAGGCCUCAUUUCGUUUCUGUAAACUGCUUUACCAAAAAGCUCUACUUUGGUCUCAUCUGAUCACAGGAAGUUCUCCAAGAAUGAUUUUGGCUUCACCAGGUAAGCUUUGGCAAAAUCUUUGCUCUUCUUUCUUUUCUCCAUGCUCAGUGUGGUAUACACAGACACAAAACACAAAGGUUGAGUCAACUUUUCUCCAUUUUAACUGGUUGCAAGAGUGAUUUUCUAUAUUGUUAGCACCUGUGACUUCCCACAGGUGAGUUUAAAUACAAAUUAAAGGAGCAUAUAAUGCUUGAAAUACAAUUAUUUCUUACCAUUUUGAAAAGGUGCCAAUAAUUUGGUUCGGUGUGGAAAAAUAUCAGAUUUGGCUUUUCUUCUCUGCUUUUUUGUGUUGUUCCAAUGCAAACAAUAGAAAUAAACAUGUGAAUACCAAACCAUUUGUUAUUGCAACCAUUUUCUGGGAGAGGUGGUGCAUUAUCUGACAGAAGUGUAAGAGUGGCAAUAUUUUUGUACUGUGUAAGACACCUCCUAGGCUUUUAAUGUAAAUGAGCUAGGCUUCUAAUGCUAACAGGUCUGGCAACCUUGUUAAACAAGAUACGUGCCCUCUUAUCUUCUCUACACAGUGACACACCUCUACAUCCGUUUGUAUCGCACACACAAAGGAUCAUCUAGUUUGGCUUGAUAGGACCAUUUCUUCAGAGCUGUAAGGCAUUAGGAACUGGGAGAGUCCAGCGCCCUCCGAGCCAGGAAAGGAGAUUUCUUUGCCGUCUCUGAGAUUGUAGAUGCUGUAUCCCAGCGGACUGAACAAACAUGAUGCAGAGGAAGCUGGCGCUGCUGGUUGGCAUCGGUGCCUUGACCGUCCUCCUGAUGCUGAGGUGGGAGCACGUGAUGACCUUAGUGAACCUCAUGAGCAGCAAACAACCUUCAGCUGAGCCUGAACUGCCCCCGGACACCAUCACCCCCAUCCCAGGCUCCAGGCACCUCAUGGUGUCUGCCUUUAAGGACCACAGACUGGGCGGGGCCAUCAGGGUGAGCAGCAUCAUCUGCAGGCAGGAGCUGCAGCCGCUCUACUGUGUCCUAUGUGCUAACACUGACGCUAAGGCUGUUGGUGCUCUGAAUCAGUGCGCAUUUUCACAGGCAAAAGUUGACGUGCACAGCGAAAGCUUCGGUUUUCCUUUUGUUACUUCAGACGUGUUGUGUAUGAGUCCAGCGUUGCAGCAAGCCACACAUGUCAGCAUAACAGCUAACCCAUACGCCAAUUUGACAUUUUUAUCAAUCCACAACCAGGAGGUCAAGGAAUCGUUUAGGUACAACUUUACUGUAUGCAUAUCUAGCCUUUUUGGGGAGUACAAUAAUGCCCUCCAAUUUGCACAAACCAUGGAGAUGUACAAGCUUAUAGGGGUUCAGAGGGUUGUCAUCUACAACACCAGCUGUGGACCAGACAUAGAGAAAAUUCUCAAGUACUACAGGAAAGAGGGCAUGCUGGAGGUUGUGCCUUGGCCAAUAGACAAGUUCCUAACGCCCUCUACUGGGUGGAAAUAUGACUUACACCAUGGGGACAUUCAUUAUUAUGGACAGCUCACCACUCUGAACGAAUGCAUAUACAGAUACAUGUACCAGUCAAAGUACCUCCUGCUGAAUGACAUUGAUGAGAUCAUUAUGCCUUACAAGCAUGCCAACCUGGAGAAGUUAAUGGGCACUUUACAGCAGCAGCAUCCCAACGCAGGGGUUUUCAGGUUUGAGAACCAUCUCUUCCCCAAAACGCAGUUUGAUGACAGCGGCCGAUUUCGUCUGCCUCGGUGGAGGAGUGUGCCUGGUGUGAACAUCCUGGAGCAUGUCUAUCGAGAACCGAGUAGAAAGGACGUGUUUAAAGAAUGGAAGCUGAUCAUCAACCCCCGGAGCGUAGAGCAGACUUCAGUACACUCCACGCUGAAGCAGUUCGGACUCGUCUUUAAAGUUCCGUCUGAUGUAUGCCGCAUCAUCCAUGUCAGGGAGCCAAGGCAAGCCCAACUCUCCAAAGACCAGCUGUUCGUCGACAAAAAACUUUGGGAAUUUGAGGAGCUUUUGAUUCCCAGUAUCGAUCGCGCACUGAAUGAAUCAGGUGUGUUGUAAAAUACUGAUGCUUCCUACGGUGAAUUAGCCGUUUGGUAACGCUGUAUAUAUUCUGUUUUGCCUCAU